AUGUCGGAUGCACAAGAAAAUAAACUCUUUAUCGAGAAUUAUGAGCAGACGGUAGAAUUAUUUGAGACUAUAAAGUUAGACCCUUCAAGAAAUAAAUCGAAUUCGAACAGGUCUUCCCCAGAUAAUCUGGAACAAACAACAUCUGUAGCAAUCCUCAAUGAGAAUAAUGAGAAUACAGUGAAUACACCAAUAGAAGAAGUGUCGGAAUAUAUUACCCCAUUUUUUAAUUUUCCAUACUAUGUUGAGACGACUGGCUUCGAUGCGAAGAAUAUCGAGCAGGCAAAAUAUUACCGAAAUAAGCAACUACUACAAAAUGAGGAUUAUUUAGUAUACGGAAAUUGGUCAUGCCAAUGGCCAAGUAAGUGCAGAAAUGAAGACGGAUGGCAAGUCCGAUAUUCUCGGGAAUCACUUGAAACGUAUCGAAAGUUAUCUCCAAGACUUCAACACGGAUUUUUCACAAUGCCAUGCAAUAAAUGCAAAAAUAGAAACAUGAUCUCGAGCUUUCUUUUGUACGACCAACAUUCAAGGCAUUUAUACAGUGAGCCCUCCAUUGAGAUAAUCUGUCCUCAUCUCAACUACUUUGUAGAGACGACUCGAUUUAGGGAGGAGGAUAUCCAGCAGAUUACCGAAAUCGUUAAUCUUCUACUACUGUAUGAUGACUUUAUAGUGUACGGAAAUUGGUCAUGUCAAUGGCCAAGGAAGUGCAGAAACGAAGACGGAUGGCAAUUCCGAUAUUCUCGGGAAUCACUUGAAACGUAUCGAAAGUUACCUCCGAGACUUCAACACGCAUUUUUCACAAAGCCAUGUGAGAAAUGCAAAAAUAAUUACCUGAUCUCGAGCUUCUUUUUGUAUGAUCAACCACCAAGGAAUUCGAACAGUGAGCCCACCAUCGAGAUAAUCUGUCAUCUAGAAUGGAACAAUCAUUAUAGAGUGAUCGCCGAAUGGGAAUGCAAAGCGUAUUCUCAUAAAUGGCAUAGCUCUUACACUUGGAUAUCUCUCCGAAAGUUUAUCGAACAAACUCCAGCAGAAGAUUUGAUCCCUGACGAUUAUAUCAUCCAAAAGUGCUUUAAAUGCAAAAACUCUUGCAACGAAUAUAAAUGCGUAAUGAUACGCAAAAAAUGCGAUAAUUGCAAGAAUGCUACCCAACGAUGUUCUGUAUGCCGUGAAAGACGCAGGGUGUACCAGGGAUGUAAGAAAUGCGAUCAUGAUGGAAUUAUAAUGAAUUACGAACCUUUGGUACAAUCUGAUUUGGAUGGUGGUGUAUCUCAUAAAAGUGAAGUAUGUGCAAAAUGUCAGGGAGGUGUAUAUUGUGUUCAAACCGAUUACCUCCACCGUACUCAGAAAGAACGAAACAUUAACUUAUUGAAUUGA